AUGACAUCCUCCAUGGCGCUACUCGCCUGCGUGAGUUCGCAGCUGCUUGGCAAUCUCGAGGCCGCGCUCCGACGUCUCGCGUUGAGUAUGCCUGCUCCGGGUCGGGGAGAGCAAUCCUGGCCUUGGGAGCCGGAUACUGGCCCGGGGUCCUGUGUGAUGAUCAUCGCCGCGGGCGGCAAUGCUGGAGGCGAGGACACUGCAAGCUAA